CGGUCACACUGUCACAUUGCAUUAGUUUUUGUCAACAUGGAAAAUCCAGCAGUCAACGAUCCUUUGCAACUUUUAACAAAUAAAGGCACGCGCGAGCCAACAUUCUUGUCGCCCAUAUGGAAUCCCAUUGCUGGAACAAUCGCCGGCAUCGGCGCAGCGAUUUUCCUUAACUGGGGUCUGCGUAAGCCCGUUUUCUCGGGUAUACAGAAGCAUAUUGCCUUUGCUGGCAUUGGUUUCGGCGCUGGUGUUUUUAUUGACCAAAAGCGUAACGAAUAUUUGGCCAAACGUGAUGCGGUACUUCGACACUAUGUGGAGCUGCAUCCUGAUGACUUCCCAGUAAAAGACCGCAAGAAGUACGGUGAAGUUCUGGAAAGCUGGGUCCCUGUGCGCUAAGUUGAAACUGCCAUAACAGCUGCAACUCAGCUUAAAACCGACUAAAUUUAGUUAAUUAAACGGCUUUAAUUGUAAUAUGUAUGAAUAUAACUAAAAUUUCAAGA